AUGGACUCGAGGGUAUGGCUGCCGCUUCUUGGAUCUUCAUUGUUGGCUAAUUCAACGACACAACAAAAUGGAUUGAAUUUGUUUAGUCAGGUACAGUAAUCCAAAAUUUUUCUGAAUUACAGUAACCCCUACCUAAAUUGUGUGUGUUUAGAUUACUCAUCAAUUUUUUUCUGAGUCAUCCAACUUUUUUUAUUUAUUAGAUAAACAAUUUCAGUCAGAUAAGUAAAUAUUUUGAAUCUGAAGGUUACUGUAGAUUUUUGAGGGUACUGUAGUUAGAGUGAACAUUUUUCAGAUUUUCACAUCAAACAACAACAACAAUGAACGAACAAGAAGUGAGGCAGAGAAAAACUCGAAAAAGGUGAGCAAUUUUUCGAAGACUGGGGAACUAUUUGGAAAAUUGGGAAAAUAUAGUUUAGGCUCUGAAAUUCAAUAAAAAUCAACUGUAAAUUCUGAAACUGACAAAAAAUUGUUUUAAAAAAAUAGAACAAUUUUGAUUUUUUUGCAGUUUCUGAUCGAAAGAUUUUUGGAUGACACAUCAUCUUCAUCCUCAACAUCUUCUACAACAUCGACUUCUUCUUCGAGUUUAACCAUACCCAAAUCGGCAGCCAUACCCAUGGUAGACAAACUUUUUUUUCCAAAGUCAAAAAAUAUCCAGAAUUGUUUUGCAGCCUCUCGCCCGUGCCGUUGAAUUUGUCAACGGCGGUUACGGUGUCAAAAAUCCGUUAGCACCAUUGAUUGAUUUAGCUUCGGCUUCAGCUUCAGCAUCAACAUCAGUGGAAUCGACAACAACAACAUCGGAAGAGACACUGAUUUGCCACAUUUGUGGAAAAGUAGGUUAUCUUUUUCAUUUUUGAAUAAUAAAACUGAUUUUAAUUGCAGAAAUUUGGACUUCAACGACUUUUGAAUCGACACAUCAAAUGUCACAGUGAUUUAAAACGAUAUUUGUGCACUUUUUGCGGGAAAGGAUUCAAUGAUACUUUUGAUUUGAAACGACAUACUAGAACACAUACAGGUUUAGAAUAAUAAUUGCAUUUUUCAAAUUUUUGUUUGGAAAAAACUUACAUUUUCCAGGAGUCCGACCUUAUAAAUGUGAGCAAUGUGAAAAAUCCUUCACUCAAAGAUGCUCUUUAGAAUCACAUCUCCGAAAAGUACACGGUAUUUCACAUCAAUAUGCUUAUAAGGAGAGGAGGAGUAAGGUAAAUUAGCUGGAAAUCUUGAAUUUUUCGAAAGAAUUACACAAAGUAACCGCGGAAUAUUCCAGGUAUUUGUAUGCGAAGAAUGUGGCUACACAUCAGAAAAAUUCGAAUCCUACAUUGCUCAUCUCAAACUCUCGCAUCCAUUUUCUGCGACUCUACUUCGUCUAACAUCUCUCCCAAAAUCAACCAAAAAAUAA